AGCCCUCGCUUUUUAGCCUACUUUGGGCCACCCGCCCCACUCGAGUCUCAGCCCGGUCCCUCUCAGGAGAGCUUGGAACGCGCCGCAGCCAGUGGGAGCCUGCGGGCCGGAGCCCGCCUUCUGGAGCCCCCGCCCUGCCCUUAAUCCUGGCAGCUUCGGCCGAGCGGGCUCAGAGCUACGCGGCGCGCCCGGGGCGCUUUCCCUCGCUUGCCGGUUGCUGGGUUCUUCGGUCCCGAGCCGGUACUUUCCGUACCCAGGGGCCUGAGUUUCACCUCCCGGACCCAAGAGUCGUAACUUCCUUCGUUCUGGAGUCCGCUGCCCGGCCUCCAGGCUCCGGAGCCCUAGCCCCUCUGUUUCCAGGACCCAGGGUCCCCGCCUCUCGAAGCCAGACGUCCCGAAUCUACGCCACCUGGAUUUAGCUUCCUGCGGACCUCCACCACCUGGGCAAUCUGGGCCCCCGCGAGCCGAAGACCUCACGUCCCAGCCGGAGAAACUCCUGUAUUCCCAGCGCCCAGGGCUGAGAAAGCCAGGCGCGUGGGGGCAUCGGACACCACUGGCUAGAGCGCAGGAGCCCGGACGCCCUAUCGAGGGCGCCCACCCUGCGGGUCCCGAGAGCGUCUAAACUCCAACUCCAAGGCGCCCUGCGAAGUUGCAGCCUCCCGGCGCUCUUACCCAAGUCUCCGCCCUAAGGACGCGCGUCCGGGGAGAGAGCCCCAAGCGCUCCCAGCUUCCCGGCGUCUAGGAACCCAGCGAGGCCCAUCAUGGUGGUCGAUCCUCCCAAGGCCGACCCCAAGGGGUUCGCGGCGGUGGAGCCCACCGCCAACGGUGGCCCGGAGCUGGAUGCCCCAGAGGUCCGAGGCGCCACGGCAGGUAGCUGCUGCGCUUCCCGCCGCCAGGUGCGUCGCUGCCUUCGAGCCAACCUUCUGGUGCUGCUGACAGUGGUGGCCGUGGUGGCCGGCGUGGCGCUGGGGCUGGGGGUGUCGGAGGCCAGCGGCCAGAUAAGACCCGAUCGCUUGGUAAUCUUCGCCUUCCCGGGAGAGCUGCUGCUGCGCCUGCUGAAGAUGAUCAUCCUGCCGCUGGUGGUGUGCAGCCUGAUCACCGGCGCCGCCAGCCUGGACCCCAGCGUGCUCGGCCGCCUGGGCGCCUGGGUGCUGCUCUUCUUCCUGGUGACCACACUGAUAGCGUCGGCGCUGGGUGUGGGCUUGGCUUUGGCGCUGCAGCCGGGCGCUGCCUUCAACACCUCUGCCACCCAGUCCACUGAACAGACCCCCAGCAAGGAGGUGGUGGAUUCCUUCCUGGAUCUUGCCAAAACUGUCUUUCCCUCCAACCUGGUAUCCGCAGCCUUCAGCUCAUACACCACCAUCUAUGAAGACAGACCGUUCAGCAACACCACGGUGAAGGUGCCUGUGGGAAAGGAGGUGGACAGCAUGAACAUCCUGGGCCUGGUCAUGUUUGCCAUCGUCUUUGGUGUGGCCCUGCGGAAGCUGGGGCCCGAGGGAGAGCUGCUCAUCCGCUUCUUCAGCUCCUUCAAUGAUGCCACUAUGGUGCUGGUCUCCUGGAUCAUGUGGUACGCCCCUGUGGGCAUCUUGUUCCUGGUGGCCAGCAAGAUCAUGGAGAUAGAAGAUGUGACGCAGCUCUUUACCAGACUUGGCAAAUACAUCGUGUGCUGUCUGGUGGGCCACGCCAUCCACGGGCUUCUGGUCCUGCCCCUCAUCUACUUCCUCUUCACCCGCAAAAACCCGUACCGCUUCCUGUGGGGCAUCAUGACGCCGCUGGCCACUGCCUUUGGUACCUCUUCCAGCUCCGCCACGCUGCCCCUGAUGAUGAAGUACGUGGAGGAGAAGAACGGUGUGGCCAAGCACAUCAGCCGCUUCGUCCUGCCCAUUGGCGCCACCGUCAACAUGGACGGAGCAGCGCUCUUCCAGUGUGUGGCCGCCGUGUUCAUCGCGCAGCUCAACCAGCAGCCCUUGGACUUGGGUGUCUGCCUCACUUGACCUCAUCCCCCCGCCAGCAUCACUGCCACGGCGUCCAGCGUGGGGGCGGCUGGCAUCCCCGGGGGAGUCCUCACCCUGGCCAUCAUCCUCGAAGCUGUCAACCUCCCUGUCCGUGACAUCUCCUUGAUCCUGGCGAUGGACUGGCUGAUAGACCGUUCCUGUACCAUCAUCAAUGUGGAAGGCGAUGCCUUUGGAGCCGGACUCCUCCAAAACUACAUGGAUCGGAUGAAGCUGCAGAGCUCAGACCCUGAGUUGAUCCAAGUGAAAAGUGAGGUACCCCUGGAUCCACUGCCACCCACCCUAGAGGAAGGGAACCCUCUCCUCAAAAGUCAUCAAGCCCCUGCAGGCGAUGCUGCUGCCUGUGAGAAGGAGUCGGUCAUGUGAAGCUCAGGAGGGACUGUCCUAGCCUGCUGGGGGCACACUGAACAUCAGCACCCUGAGGGUCGGAUGACGGACAAGCUGGGGCUUGGGGGGCUGGUACAUGUUCUGGGGAGCCAGAAGCGGGGAGCCUGUCCCCCUCCUGGACACCAGAUGGGGCUGGUGUAUGUACUGUCUCCCCAAAGCUCUGCUCUUCGGCUCCUUCAGCUCCUUUCUCCCACCUAAGGUGGUAAUGGCCCCCAUCUCAGGGCACAGGAGUCUCCCCGUGACUUUUGACCCCGCUGAGGGUUGGUGGUGAGCGAAUCCUGCAUUGUGGUGGCUGAGGGGGGACAGCCGAGCGAACGCUUGCGUCGUGGUGGCCGUGCCUGUAUUGUGAUGUGGGUAUGCUGGAGCCACCCGUCUGCUGUACGUCCCACUCGCCUUGUCCCCAGGCCCUCUCUCUGUCCACAGUAGCAAACACUCCCAGGAGCCCUGGGGCGGAGGAUAAAUACUAUCACUCCAAAGGACAUUUUUUAGCAAUAAAGUAUAUUUAAUUGGG